AAGGAAAGACCGCGCCUGCGCAGAAGAGCUGCCUGCGCCGCGGGCCGAGGACUUCCGCCGCCAGGGACCAGUCGCGCGCUCAGACGUCACAGCCUACGGAGGCCGGGGCGAGGCCUCUCACGACAGCCUUGCCGUGUAGGCCGGUGUCGGGGAUGCAGCAUAAAUAGCAGGGUGAGGCUCACAGGCAAUCCAGAUCGAGUCAGCAGGAUUGGAGCAAUGUGCGACUCACAAGCACAGGAGCUGCUCGCCAGCACUGAUGAGAAGGCGGCCUGUGCAGCAACACCAGCCUCCCAGGCCGUUGUCUUCAAGGCCCGAGUCUGGGAUGUCAACCAGAAAUCCCUUUACCUGCAGAAUAAUGAGCUGCUUGCUGGCCACCUGCAAGGCCCCAACUCUGCCCUGGAAGAGAAGAUUUACUGGGUCCACAACCGAGCCUUUGCCCAUGAGAAGUUCCCCAUCAUCCUGGGCGUUCAGGACGGGAGGUGGUGCCUGGCGUGCUCCUCCGAGGCCCCUCCGGUGCUGCAGCUUGAGAGCGUCAACAUCACAGACCUGCUCAAGGACAGCAGGGAGACCUCGGCCCGCUUCACUUUCUUCCGCUCCUACAAGGAAGGGCUGUGGCGCUUUGAGUCUGCCGCCCACCCGGGCUGGUUCCUCUGCACUUCCUCGGGACCCAACGAGCCCCUCGGCCUGACCCAGGCGCCCGGACCGUCUCGUGUGGUGGACUUCUAUUUCCAGCCCUGCUGAGCCUCCAGGAGGAGAGCAGGCCCUCCUCACCCGGGACCAGGGCCUGCGGCCGGGCCGGGCCGGGCCGGGGGUGCCCGCUGCAGCCGGCAGCCGGGACCUCCCAGCCACUCCUUUCUCUCUUUUUUAAAAUUAAAUUUUUAUUCAUUUUGACAAUA